CGGCUUUCAGUUUCCUGAGAGACUUCCACCAGAGUACAUCGAAAUUCGGUGAAAUUUUUACUAAAAAAUAAAGAAAAACCACUGCAUUGAGAUACCUUGACUUGGUGUAUUCCACGCAAAUGUGCAUAAAAAUACGCGUUAUUUGAAAGACAAAACAAAGUGAUUCAAACAGAGGGUUCAUUGGACGCUUGAGAAAACCGAGAGAUAAAGUGAAACGACCUCGCACAACCCGCGCAAACACACCCACAUCCCAUCCCACAACUGAUUGCUGCAACGCUCCAUAAAAAGAAAAAUAUAAAAAGCUAUAUAGACAUGGAUGUUUGGGGAUUCUGCGUUAGCGAUUCCACGAUGGCAUAUGGCGGGGCCAUGCGCAGCGGAUACUACCGGGACUACGAGCAGUUCCCCUACGGAACCCUGGAGUCCACGAAUUCCACCCAUGCGGUCAAGGAUUGCUACAGUCGAGUGCAAGAGAAAUGCAAACAGAUAAAGUCCGAGAAGCAGAUGCGCAAGGACUGUCCGUUCUGCAAGGAGCACAAGAAGCGGCCGCUCAUCAACUACAUGCGCAAGCGGGAGCAGCGGAAGCACCAUGACAGCAUCUGCGAGGACGAGGAGGACAUGCACGAACAUGAGCUGGAGCACGCCCACAAUCACAGCCAAUCCACCGUCCUUGCCGUCCCCCAAAGCUGCAAGGUGUGAGUGGGAGCGUGACGACUCUACUCUGCAGACGAUUCCCCACAGACAGUCGCGAAAUGCCAUACAUACAUAUAUAUUUAAAUGUGACCAGAAGAAAGGAAAAACCUGAAUGAGUAACAACAACAAAAACAAAGAAAAACCAGAGGAGAAAAGAGAAAAAAGCUGUUAAAGACGAAGAUUGUGCGACAAAGAGGAAGCGAGACAGCAUCGGCAGCUACAAAAAUCGAAGGCAACUGUACCCUUUUUUUUUAUUGAGUGGUUGCCCCAGCAUUUCCGCAUCGCGAAUACACUACCAUUUACAAGAAGCCAGAACUUGAACUUGAUACCAAUUUACAAUUCCCUUUACCGAUUAGCUACCAUUUCGUUUUUACACCAACUUCGCAGUUAUCUACAACUAUAAACAGUAAUUUGUUUAUCCACACGAUGAGAAAAUCAAAUAACGAGAACCUGCCCCGCUUGACCAACGCAUUUUUUUGACCUUAGGCAAACAAAAACAUCGUGAAAAAAGCUUA